CUUUAGAGAAAUUCCUUAAACAAACAAAUAUUAAGGUUAGUAAGGAAUUUAAUUUGUUUUAUUUCUAAAUUUAUUCUGUUUUCGUAUUACGUACGAUAUCCUAGCGUACGAUACUCGUAAAAGAUAAUUUCAUGAGAAACAGCAAGAGCAUAUGGUUUUUUAAUCACAUUCCACAACCCUCCCAUCGAGAGGUCAUGCGCGGAAACAAUUUUCAGAAAGGGCGUGUCGCAAGUGGGCGAUCACCAAGCAACCACUGGCAUCGACCUUCGAACCGGUUGCCAUGACAAGGCGUCGUUCGUUCGUGAUGUUAUUUUUGAAAACUAUUCUCUGAAUGUCAGCCGUGGUAAUUCCGAAACUUCGUUAGUUAAAAAAUGUUAAAUUCCCUCUACAUAAAACACCAGGAUUUGAAAGAGGCUGCUGCCGUCGAACGUCGACGUCAAUAUGAAGAAGCUCGCAGGCAGCGCAUCUUCAACGCCCGUCGUCGUGUGAUUGGGAUCGAUGCAACCGCCUUGGAGCAUCAGGUGAAGGAAAAACAUGAAAUCGAGCAGGAUGCACUGGAACGUCGGCGCAAGUUCGAAGAGGAACAACGGCGUCAGACUCAGUUUCUAGAGCGUAAAAACCGCGAACAAAAGCUGCUCCGUCAUCAGCUGGAAAAUGAGGUGAACCACUUUCGGUCGUUGUACCAACGGCCAGAACAGUCCCGCGAUUUUGACCUGUUCGACCCGAAUGGAUUGAAAAAAUCUCUCCCGGCAAGAGUUGGAGAUGAUGAUCCGCGCCUGUCGAUAUCCGGUGCGCAGAUCUUCGACGGAGAAGAUCUGACUGAAAAGGACCGAAAACGCCUCCAGAUGCAGCAGCAACGUUCCUGGCUGGAACAACAGAUCCGAGAUAAACGACAGGCCGAGCAAGAUCAGAUAGCUGCUGAUAAAUAUUUGGAAGAAGCGCUGGAGGCUCGUGAGCAGAGAGUUCAUCAGUUGGCUACUGAGGAACGAAAUAUUAGACACAAAAUACAGGAGAAUGUCGAUCAGUACAAUCGCCACCUGAUGCAGCAGCAGGAAUACGAGAGGCAACAGAAGCAGCGAGAGGACGAAGAAGAUAAUUUAGCUGAAAUUUACAACAACCUAACCAGCGAUAUGCUGACUGAAAAUCCCGAAGUUGCAAUAAGCAAUUUAGGACCCAACAGAAUAAUACCGUACGCGUACAAAGGCAUGAGUGAAGCCGAGCUGGAACAAAUCAGGAUAGGGCAAAUGCAACAGAAGGAAGAAAUGGAACGUCGCCGUCAGGAGGAGCAAAACAACAAGGAAGCGUGGGACCAGUUGGCGAACGACUUUGAUCGGACGGUGGUUCUCAAGGAUCGAGAAUUGAAUCAACGGCGGCACCAACUGGCGGAGCAGAUCCGACGGGAAAACGUGCAACUUUCAGAUGAGCAGCAGCGCAAACUAGCGCACAUGGACCAGGUGGUUUAUCAAAACCGACCGACAAUGGCGUACUUUGAACAGUUCAAUACCACCAGUCGUUAAAGGUCGAUCGUGUGAAGA